AUGAUUGAAAACCUCGAGAAAGAAACUAAGAUUGUUGUUCCGUUGGUGAUUCUUAAUCGAAUAGGAGAUUUGCAAGACAGUAUAAUGAAAGGGGAUUCAAGUCGUUCGUCUUGUGGGGUUCCGUUGCUAAAUGAUUCCGUGAUAGGAUUCGAAGAUGAAGAGUUGCCAUCUUCAUCUCAACUGUUAGAUGACAACCCGGAUUGCCAGCUGUCAUCAUCUAUUGAGGAAGGGAAGCCCAAUGUAGAAGAAAAUAAUGAAAAAGACGAUUAUUUAGUGCCUGAUACAGCUUUAGAGAUUUCUUCUACAAAUAUUGAGUCAUUGGUUGCCAAGCUAAUGAAAGAAGUUGAAGUGCUGAAGGGAUCUCAUUUGAAGCAAAUCACAGACAUCAAUAUGCUAGAACAAUAA